CCCUGUAACUCCCUUUGCCUCUUGAUUUAUACCGUGCUACUACUACUACUCCUUCUUCCCAGGCCAAUCGUUGUCCAGCUGCCCCUGCGAGAGGGACCAAUCCCGUUUAGGGAGGAGGAGAAGGGGCGGGGUCGCUUCUCGAGGGCUCACCUGCACCUGCUUCCUUGUUGCCUGAGCAUCAGGUGCACCGCUCAGACCUUUCGAGGAAAGUGAGUCGGGCGGGUGGGAUUCCCUCGCCACGAAAAGCGCGCGCGCGAGAGAGAGAGCUGGCUCCCUUACAGCGCGGCCGCUCUUUCCCAAGCGCCCCCCCCCCAGCUGCUCGCGGUCGUCCCUAGAGACGGCUAGCUGAAAGGCCGGCUUCCGACGGCGGAUUGUUCUUCACCUGCGAAAGUUGGCGCUCCCUUUUGGAGCGGGCGGGCGCCGGAAGGAGGCCAAGUUCCCUGGCUCGCUCUCUCGCUCGCUCUCAAGAGUCAGCCUGUUGCUGCGGCAGCGAGUAGUUCCCUCAGAGAAGGAAGCCCAGGUAACGACGCUCUCGGCGUGAGGAUGGACUGACUCCCUCCAGCACCGCGCCUGCUCUCAGGAGGAAGAAGAAGAAGAGACGCUCCUCCGGCGCACAGGCCACCGGCCCCGAGUGCAGCGCAUCGCCCAGGACCCCCUGACCGGGAAGAGGCGCGCGGGAGCCUCCUGCCCUCCGGAAGAUGGCCGAGAGCGCCGGCACGGCCGCCCCCUCGACGGGGCCCGCGGCCAAAGGCGGCUCCUCGGGCGCCUGGUGGAAAUCGCUGACCAGCAGGAAAAAGCCCAAGGAAUCGCCAGCGGCUGCGGCUCCGGUCGCGUGGCCUCCUCGGCAGGUGCCUGAGCCCUCGGAGAUGCUCCCCGCCGCGUCCAGCCCCUCGGACUCUCAAGAGAACCAGCAGCCCAACUCGGGCAGCCGCCGGAACCUUAAGAUCUCCCGCUCGGGCCGCUUCAAGGAGAAGCGGAAAGUGCGCGCCACGCUGCUGGCGGACAGUCCCCAGCAGCUAUUCGAAGGGGCGCCGGGAGCCGCAGCCGGGAACCCCGCCCCGGCGCGCCCCGCCGAAGAGACGCCGUGCCAGUGACCACGCCUCCCCGCCGGCCCCUGCCAGGCCUAGAGGAGGAGCUGCCUGUCUGAUUUUGGGGAAAGGCGGCCUGGUUGCCGCCUCGUCUCCGGCCCAGGGGAGGAGCGUGUGUGCGCGCGCUCUGUUGCGCUUUUGGGGAACUGUGGCCUCGAGGAUCUUGCGCGCGAGUUUGCAAAGCCUCUUUCGCCCUCGCCGAGGGGACAGAUGAUGGCGAGGCGACCACGGGGGUCUCCUGUUUCACGGGGAGGGCCGCAGAUCUCUGGAACAAUAGGAAUAUGCAAUAAGGAAGAGACCCGCUGAAGCUCAGCUGCCCUUUGCGGUCAUGAAAUUAAAGUGUGUUCAGCGGGCAGUGUCCCCAACGAAAUAGUCAUUGUGGUUUAUUUCACGCCCACCACCACUUUUUACAGAAAACCGCCAGUGCGCAAUAUGCUGCUGUAUAGAAUGAUGAUGAUGAUGGAGAAUAAAAAUUCUAGCGUGCAGCCCCAACUUA